AUGGACGGCUUCAGUCAGGCCGACCUCAUUCCCGAGCAUGCGGCCGACCUUCCACCUAAUGUCGGUCAACCAACGAUCCAGUCCGGCUUCAACUACACCGACCUUCCGGAUGGUCAGAAUCCCUUCUACCAAAGCUUCCUGAAUCACGGUUUCGAACAUCCGUCGACGUCGCAGACGGAUCCGCCCAACAAUGAAGAGUUCUUCGAGGCAAAGCCUCAACUUCAACAAGAUCUACUCUACGGUCCGAUCAGUGCAGCGCUAGCAUCGUCAUCAUCAGUGACCGAGAUUGGCUACAACUAUGCGCCUCCUCAGAUGAUACCGCCGUACUAUUUGGACCAGAACGGGGUACUACCUGGGAAUCAAGUGGAUCUGUAUCAGCCAUUUCCGUACGCAUCGUGGCAACCUUCAGAUGUCACUUCUCCGUUCGCUCAGUUCGCGGCCCAAACCAUGUUCAAUAGUAAUCGUGCUGCUGCAGCUGCCGCCGCCUUCUUCCCAGCAUCAGGUUGGCUGUGUGUAUUGAUGUUGUCUUAGUAUGUGUUAUCAUUCGUUUUGGCCAACUGUUUAUUUAAAAACUUUUAUUUUGAUAUAUCAUUCUAGAUACCAGGUACCCAAGUGUAGGACAUCAGCCCUUCCCCAAUCAUUUGAGCAAUCCAACAUCGUCGUAUGACCUCUACCCUAGUAACAGUCAUACCUCUACCGUGCCCAGAAUAAAGUUUCUGGAGAAGACUGAGGCUCUGACACAAGAAAGGAUGACAGAAUACCUACAAGAUCCCUUCAAAUACGACUGUGUCAUCCAGAUCUACCAUGCGAAAGUGGCUCAGAAGUCAUACGGUAACGAGAAACGGUCAGUUUUGAAGUUUUUGAGGUAUUAAUGUUGUAGUGAAUGAAAAUAAUAGAUUACUAUACUAUAAUAUUUCAAGUUACUGUACUAUAAAAUAAAUAGCGAAAACAUUUUGAAUUUUUCGAAAUUUAAAAAAAACUUGAAUGUUUCAACUAUUUUCAACUCCUGACCCAAAACUUUCGAGCCGAUUACGCAACUAGGCUUAAGCAGUCCAUUAGGAACUUCAGAAUUUGCAUUUGUUUCUUAAGCAGCUGCUCAGAGAUGUUCUCGCGUUUCGAGGACAGUUUUCGACAAAUAUGGGUUAUGUAAAGUGGACUAAGUGUUCGGUUGAGGAUAAUCUGACAUGUUCGGGUUACAUUCGGUCGUAUGUUUGGAAACCUGCUCGCGAUUACGGUAGUUUACCGCAUUAAUAAUAUCUUUUGGCAUGGGAAAACCCAAAAAAACUUAAUUACAGGUUACGGUAACGUGCUAUUUAGACGGUAAAUAAUUAGUAUAGUUGUAAUUGUUUUGGUAAUAUAAAACAGUACAACUGAGAGGAAAGGUCUGGACUAAACGUAUUUUAUAAGUUGGCACAGUGAAAACAGAGGUAUAUUAACAUAAACAUUAAAUCACAGCCAAAUUAAUGUUGAUAUCAUAGUAAAAGAAAUUUUUGGUCGAAAAGUCUGUAGAAAACCUGCAGAAAUUAACGAAAGAGCUUUCUUUAAUAAAUUAAUACCUAAAAUAAUAUAAAACUGGACCUACUUCAGAUUCUUCUGUCCUCCACCGUGUGUGUAUCUGAUUGGCGACGGAUGGAAGUUGAAGAAGUCGAGAUUAGAAGAUGCCUACAAGAAAUUCAAAGAAAAGGUGAAGAACGAAGAGGGCGUUAGAGAGAGAGACAAAUUCAUGGAAAGCCAAUGCUCCGAACUUCGGGCGCAGAUCGGGAUUCAAGGAUCCAUCGAACAAGAACCUCAACAUCUUGACUUCUCAAAUGGAAAGGUAAGCUUUGGAACUAUAUUUGGUUGAAAUAGAUUUUAAAAUGAAAAGCGAUCUGAAAUUAUAUAGAAAUUAGGUCAAAACUUUUUGAAAACAGUCAAGUUAAACAUAAAUAGGUAAAUCAGAUCAAAUUUUAGUGUUCAAAUAAUUAAAAUCAACUUUAUCUUUUGGUUUUUUUGUUGUUUACUCGAAACUUCAACUCUUUAGACACUUUGGCGAGGCCAUUACCUUUGAAAGGUCAUGAACAACAUGGUUUAUAUUGUUUGCUUUCAGGACUAUUGCGCGGCCAAGACUUUGUACAUAAGUGAUGCCGAGAAGAGGAAAUACUUUAAUUUGUGUGUCCAGUUGAGUUACCUGAGUGGACUUGACAUCGGUAUCUUCUCCUCCGACAAUAUCAAGGUGAUCUCGAAGCCAUCGAAGAAGAAGCAGUCCAUGAAGAGCACCGACUGUCAGUAUCUUUGCAUCAGAUCUGGCACUAGGAUAGCACUGUUUAAUCGACUGAGGAGUCAGACGGUAUCGACAAGGUACCUCCAUGUGGAGAACAACAACUUCCAUGCCAGUUCCACCAAGUGGGGAGCUUUCUACAUCUACUUGAGUAAGUGAGAUUGAUAGUUAGAGUAAGGUGAUGUUAAUUUAGAUUAAAUAUGUCGAAAUUAUGCGGUAAAUCUAUUUGAAUGUUUUAUAAAAUAUGCUUUGGAGUUGUUUUACCGUGCCAAUAAUUACAGUAAAUAUAGAAAGAAACCCGGGUGACGUGGUCGAGUUUCAACCCAAAGAUGGCUUCAUUUACUAUGGUGCCGUAGUAAAACUGGUCGACAGUGCUACUGGGAUGGCUUUGCCUUGGCUGGUAUGUUACUCAUAAUCAAUAAAUUUGGCUUUUUUAAAAUUUCUUUGAAAAUAGCUUCUUGUCAGUAAGAUUAGUGCAUCUUGCAAGUGACAUUUUAUACGAUCAAAUAUUAUUUUAAAUAGUGUCUAAAAUUGAGAUUAUGUUGGUUUAUUACGUUAUUUUAGAGGAUACGGAAGGUGGACAAGCAAAAUGUCAUUUUGGACCCAUCUAGUUGUGAAGAACCUGUCAGUCAGCUACAUAAAUGUGCCUUCCAACUUCUUGACAAUGAGUUAUUGUACCUCUGUUUAUCACAUGACAAGAUACUGCAACAUCAGGUAAUACAUACAAAGUGUCUUGUUUUUAUGACAUUGGUAUCACCUUAUUUUAGGUUAUAACCUAUUGUAAACAAACUCAAUAUAUUUGUCUAACUUAGCUUAAUAUUGAGAUUAACUUUUUACUGUUUACAUUACUAUAACGUAAUAUGCGACCUUUAUCAUUAUAGGCUGUGUACAUUGAUGCUUCGAGACAUCAGAUAAGUGAUGGAGCAGCGUGGACUAUAAUAUCGACUGAUAAAGUGGAGUACCGGUUUUACGAAGCGAUGGGACCAGUCAGUUCUCCCGUCUCUCCGGUACCAGUUGUCUCUUCUAUGACAUUCGACCAGAACCAAAAGUUGAAUGCUAUGAAUACGGAGACUACAGUAUACUUGAGGGGACAGUGGUUUACUCAGUAUCUUACCGUAUGGCUGGGGGCUAUUCCUUGUGAGACCAAGUUUAAGUGAGUGUUUCUUAAUUUAUUUUGGACUGCAAUUGAUAUAGGUUUAGAGCUAUGUUAAUAUAGUACAAAUCUUUGUUGUUAAAGCUAAUAGUCACAAAGAUAUAACUCACUUUAUCUUUUUUAGAAACAUUGAGUAUCUGGAGUGUAAGAUUCCCAAACUGACCGACUUCCAAACUCAAUGGCCCUUUUUGACUGGAGGGCGACUAGAAGUACCACUGAAUCUAGUACGAAACGACGGUGUUAUCUACAGUACGCGACAAACUUUUACUUAUGCUAGUAUCCUUGACUUGGAGAAUCAGUCUAGACUGAUGGGUACCGAUGGUGGACUAGCUAUGGUACCACCAAAUGGAGCCAAACCUUCAAGUCGGUUUCAUCCUUACAGUAAUGUUCGAUGA